AAUCCAUUAAUCGAUCUAUCCAUUUGAUCUAGUCCAUAUAUCCAUCAAUUUAAUCUAUUUGACACUUCUAUUUCCACGUGUUCGCAUUAGCAUACCCAUUGUUUCACAGGGGACAAAAGGGAAAGGGUAAUCAAUGAAGAAGAACGAAUAAUAAUAAGCAUAUCAGUGAUUUUCUAGGGGUGUCAGUCGGUCGGUUUCGGUUUAAACAAAAACCAAAUUCUCGGUUAUCGGUUAAACCGAGCCACCCCAAUGGCUACCGACCACCGACCGUGAGGGAGUCACGGUUAUCCGGCCAACCGAACGGUCAGUUUCGGUUUAAGGCUCGUUUAGCCGGCCAACCGAAAAACCUGCCCACUUUCUCCACUUUUGCGUGCCCACUUUCUCCUUCAUUCUCUCUCCUCGGAAUCUCCUCUCAAUUCAAUCCUCCAGAGACAGAGCCAUGUCCAUUUCCCUUUCCUUCGACCCCUAAACCAGACUCGACCCCUCUCUGGCUCUGCUCUCCCUCCCUCGCCUGCGUCUCCCCCGAUCUGGUCACGACCUUCGCCGAGCCGUUUCCUUCUCUCUUCGCCCGAAACCAAAAACCAAAACCCAGAAAAGGGGUCAAAAUCCCAGCAAAAACCCAGAAAAUCAAACAUGCAAAACCAUAAUCCGCCACUUACCAUUGAUUUGGAGGCUGGCCGGCACUCCAACGGUGUAUUAUAGGCUGGAAUCUUGUCUGAUUCCGAAGUGGAACGAUAGAUGGGAUCAUGGGAAGUGAUUUCCCCCUCCUGUUUCUCGGAAAGAAGAAGAAAGUAAAUCGAGGGAGGAGGGUUUCUGAUUUUAGAAGGCAUAGCGGAGAGGGAAUGAAUGGUUUUUGGGUCUCCGGUUCGUUUCGUAGAGAGAACAGAGGAGAAGGAGGAAGAGAGGUUUGAGCGCCAACGACGAUGGUGGUGGCGAACAAGGAGAAAGAGAAGGAAACAGCUCGGAGUGCCGGCCAGCCUACUCUCGAAGACGAUGGCGGAGAUGAAGGAAGCAGAGGCGGGGAGGAUGGCCGACAAUCUGGUGUCGGAAGCGGCGCGACGCGGGGAGAUCCGAAGAGGCGCGAUGCGGCGCGGGGAGAUCCGAAGAGGCGCGACGCGACGCGGGGAGAUCCGGAGAGGCGGCGCGGUGCGGGGAAAAAGGAAGGAGAGAUUUUUGUUUUGGGAAUUAGGGGUUUUGGGGAAGGGGUUAGGUUUCGUUUGUGUUGGGGGAGGGGUUCUGGGAGUGGGAAUGGAAGCGAGGUCGUUUGGAGCAGCAGGCGCGGAGGUCGGCUAACCGAAGCACCCCUCAGCCCUUCCGGCAACCGACCACUACAAGUAAAGGGUGGUUUUCGGUUAGCCGCUAACUGGCGGUUAUCGGUCAAACCGACCGGUUAGCCGCUAACCGACAACCGAACUGCCACCCCUAUGAUGUUCAUCUUUACCAGUGAUUAGGAGAGGCAUGGUUCCUUACAGUAAAAGAAGAAGAAAAAAAGGAGAGACAUGGUUCCUUUGGAAAUAGAGAAAGAUGUUGAUUGUUGGGAAAAUUAAUCCCAAGCAAAAGAAGAACAUGCAUGUCUAAUGGAGGAGAAAGGGUUUUCCACGUGUCAAGUACCAGCUUGUAGGUCAUCCAAAAAGAAUAACGGUAUUCCAUUUUAGCAGAACUCUUAUCAAACAGUAACUCACUUAUGAGUUUAAUAAAUACCUAGAUAGGUG